UUAAUCAGCCGCAUCAUGUGUUUGACCAAUCACAGAAGGGUACUCCCUCUGACGUCACGGCCUCCGCCGCCCGUUCAGUGCAGAAAACAGAAGUUCGGAUCGUGGGACCGUCGAGCUGCGGACAGACAGACGAUGUUGUGUGUUUUGGUGUGUGUGUUGAUGCUCUCCGGUCUCGUCCACGCCGGACCGGCUGACAGCAGGUCGUCUGUUCGGAGACUCACUGACGUCCACCGACGCUCCGGAAAACACAAGCUGAAGCUGGACCCUGAAGUGCACAUGAACAUCACGGAGAUCAUCAGGCGGUGGGGGUACCCUGCAGAGGAACACGAGGUUCUGACGGAGGACGGGUACAUCCUGUCCGUCAACAGGAUCCCACAGGGACUCAAACGCACCUCAGGUCCGAGGCCCGCGGUGCUGCUCCAACACGGCCUGCUGGCCGCCGGCAGCAACUGGAUCACCAACCCGCCCAACUCCAGCCUGGGGUACGUGCUGGCCGACGCCGGGUACGACGUGUGGAUGGGGAACAGCCGAGGGAACACCUGGUCCAGGAAACACCAGACACUGCGACCGGACCAGGAGGACUUCUGGAGGUUCAGGUACAAACACCUGUCUGACGCCACCU